ACCAAUCACAGUCCGCCCUGAUGUGACGUCAUUACCCAGCGACGCUAACUUCCCGCCCACCGCACACCGAAGGAUCACGUGACGUCAUGUUACCGGCAGAGAUGGAUUUCGGUCGCUCUCUGGAGCUCCUCCAUAUGACGGUGUUCAGUCAGUGCUUCUCUCCAUGUGGAAAGUAUUUGGCCGUUGGGAACAAUCUGGGUGAAAUCGGAGUGUUCAGCCUCUCCUCCGCUCUCAGCUCCGAGGCCAAGGAAGAGCACAAGGAGCCCGCCGCUUUAUUCCAAGCACACACAGGUCCCAUCUACUGUCUGAGUUCUACAGAACGUCACCUGAUCAGCGCCGGGGACAAUGAAGUGAAGGGAUGGCUGUGGACUGACCUGUGUAAAAAGGGCUGUGUUCCGUCGUGGAGCCGCGUGGCCCCCAGCAGGAACAAUCUAGAAACUCCGGAAAUCAACAGCCUGGUCCGGAACCCAGCGGACAAUUCUCUUCUCCUGGGAGGAGGCAGCUGUCAGGUUCACGUUAUGGAUCUGGAGACCGGAGCAUUCACCAUGGCGCUCCAGGGACACGAGGACUACAUCCAUUGUCUGGCAUUGCGGGAGCAGCAGAGAGAAUGUGUGUCGGGGAGUGAGGACGGCUCGGUCCGGCUCUGGGAUCUCCGGACCGGAUCACAGACCCACAAGAUCGAGGUGUAUAAAUACGAGGAGUGUGCCCGGCCGCAGUACGGGAAGUGGAUCAGCUGCCUGGCCACGGACUCUGAUUGGAUGGUGUGUGGUGGGGGCCCCAUGCUGUCUUUGUGGCAUCUUCGUUCUGUGACACCGACUACCAUAUUCCCCAUUCAGGAGAGCCAACAGCAAGUCAUGUUCUACCAGGAUCUG